UGGGAGGAGGGCAGCGGUGAUGGACUUGAUCUCCCGGGUCUCCUGCUGAGGCGGCAGCACAGCGCCCGCCGCCAGCCAGCACCCGGCAGGGCCGCGCCGAGCAGCGAGCGCCGGCCUCGGCUCCGGGGGUCCGCGUCCACCUCGCCGCUCCCGUCCUCCCGCACGCGGACACGCAGCGCCCUCCUCCUCCUCUGCCCUUUCAUCCUUCGUCCCGGCGUCCUCCCUCGCGGUCUCCCGCGGCGGCAGAUGUGCUUGGGGCCACCGCGCAGCUGGGACUAUGGUGAAAUUUCCAGCGCUCACUAACUACUGGCCCCUCAUCCGCUUCCUGGUCCCUCUGGGCAUCACCAACAUCGCCAUCGACUUCGGGGAACAGGCCUUGAACAGGGGCAUCGCUGCUGUUAAGGAAGAUGCUGUGGAAAUGCUGGCCAGCUAUGGGCUGGCGUACUCCCUGAUGAAGUUCUUCACUGGUCCGAUGAGUGACUUCAAAAAUGUAGGUCUGGUGUUUGUGAACAGCAAGAGAGACAGGACCAAAGCAGUUUUGUGCAUGGUUGUGGCUGGCGCUGUAGCUGCUGUAUUCCAUACCUUAAUAGCGUAUAGCGAUUUGGGGUAUUACAUAAUUAAUAAGCUACACCAUGUGGAUGAAUCAGUGGGAAGUAAAACUCGGAGGGCCUUCCUUUAUCUUGCUGCCUUCCCUUUUAUGGAUGCCAUGGCAUGGACCCAUGCUGGAAUUCUUCUGAAACACAAGUACAGUUUCCUGGUGGGAUGUGCCUCCAUAUCAGAUGUCAUAGCUCAGGUCGUUUUUGUAGCCAUUUUGCUUCACAGUCACUUGGAGUGCAGGGAGCCUCUCCUGAUCCCAAUCUUGUCCCUAUACAUGGGAGCACUUGUCCGAUGUACCACAUUAUGCCUGGGAUACUACAGGAACAUACAUGAUGUCAUUCCUGACAGAAGUGGGCCCGAAAUGGGGGGAGAGGCUACAAUCAGGAAGAUGCUGAGCUUCUGGUGGCCUUUGGCAUUAAUCUUGGCAACUCAGCGAAUAAGCAGGCCCAUUGUCAACCUUUUUGUCUCCCGAGACCUAGGUGGCAGUUCUUCAGCCACAGAGGCAGUGGCAAUUCUGACAGCUACCUAUCCUGUGGGACACAUGCCGUAUGGCUGGCUGACAGAAAUUAGAGCAGUAUACCCAGCUUUUGACAAGAAUAACCCCAGCAAUAAACUGGUGAACACCAAUAGCACCGUCACAGCGACACAUAUCAAGAAGUUCACUUUUGUUUGCAUGGCUUUGUCCUUAACGCUCUGUUUUGUGAUGUUUUGGACACCAAAUGUGUCAGAGAAGAUUUUAGUUGACAUAAUUGGAGUAGACUUCGCUUUUGCAGAGCUGUGUGUUGUUCCUUUGCGUAUCUUCUCCUUUUUCCCAGUUCCAGUGACAGUCAGAGCACACCUAACUGGUUGGCUGAUGACUCUAAAGAAGACAUUUGUGCUGGCACCCAGCUCAGUGCUGCGGAUUAUCGUCCUCAUCACUAGUCUCAUUGUUCUGCCUUACUUGGGAGUUCAUGGAGCCACCCUGGGAGUAGGAUCCCUUCUAGCAGGGUUUGUGGGAGAAUCUACUAUGGUUGCAAUAGCAGCCUGUUACGUCUAUCGAAAACAGAAAAAGAAGCGGAAUGAGAAUGAAACAUCUGCAGAAGGUGAAGACUCUGCCAUGACCGACAUGCCCCACACGGAGGAAAUGACAGACAUCGUAGAAAUGAGAGAAGAGAAUGAAUAAGAAAUGGGAUGCAAUUGUUCUCUACAGGGACGAUUGGAGUGACACUUCAGCAUCUUGUUGUCUCUCAUACUUUUUUGUUUGUUUGUUUUUAUUUUUGUAAUAAAGAGGCCUUGAUUUAAAAGGUUUCAGAUAAAUUCUCUAGCAUACUGAGUAUGCUCACACUGAUGAGGGACCUAAAAAGAGGUCUUUGCUUUUUCUUUUUCAAUUGAAUUUGUUUUCUCACUCCAUGCAAACAUAAAAGAUACAAUUGCAUCACUGUAGAGUCUUCCUUACUUAUGCAUCCAUCUUCUCUGGACAAUCUGCAUUUGUCAACCAAAGCCCUGCUGUGUGCGUGUGCCUGUGUGCACAUACACAAGUGCCACUGGCUCAGUGCUACUGCCAUAAUCCUACUCCCUCCCCUCUUUCCUUUUCCUUCCUUUUCUUUAUGAGAAAUGUUAAGGAAAAGAAGUUUGGAAUACAGAGCUUUAUUUUACUUGCUUGAAAAUGACUUUGCUACAUAAACUAAUAUACUAUGGUGAACUAUAUCUUUUUGUUUGGCCUCAUCACUAGAGCUUAUACUGCACAGGGUACAAUACAGGGAGGAACACGUAAGUCUCCAUAUGGGGAAAACAGGUUCCUCUCUCCUGUUAAAUGUGUGUGGAUGUGUAUAUACACACACAGAGACAUACAUGUAUAUAUAUUUAUAUAUAUAUGCAUACGAUAAAUAAAAUACAUACAGGACAAGAACUCUGUUUAGUUUUCAUUCCAUCUGAAAGACAGAAAUCUUUUGAAAAAUGUAAGCAUUUAAUUCAGAAUCUAUUUGAAUAGCUAAGCAUCACCUCACAUGGUUUUCUUUAGGAAAAAAAAAAAACAUGCACUUUCCUCUUGUGAAGAGGGUGAUAGCAACUGAUAUAAAUUGACUGUAUUUGAAUAAAAAAAAUAAAAAUUGACACGCUUUACCAAAGUUCUUGUCCACUGAUUUAACUUUGAUUUGCUCUACUUUUAUUUCUGGUGUCUAUAUAUUGAAAGAAAAAAUACAGAUAAUUUGUGCAGGAUACCAUGCUGUGUCACAUUACUACACAUAGUUCCAUGAAAUUCUUAAUUUGGUGAUGUACACAUGCUCACACACACCUGUGUAUAUAUAUAUAAAUAUAUAUAUAUAUACACAUAUAUGUAUGUUUUGCUAUGAUAUAUUUACCUAUGCAGUAGAUCAGAAUCAGUAUGGUGAAGCUCAAGUACUGGUAAUCCUCCAAGUCCUCAGUUAGGGACCAUGAUCACUUGUUAGCUCCUAACAGUGUCAUGGAAGUGGAAAGCUGCUCAAACCAGCAAGUUGCACUUUGCAAACAAGGCAGGCACUGUGCAGUUUAAUUGAGCCUUAAACAGUAGAGCGUGGGAUUGGAUGGUCGGUCCUUGUCAAGUGGAAAUGAAGCCUAUGUAAGAGGUUACUGAACCAGAGAUGGUUUUGGGUGCCACUGAUGAUGGCUGCGGGAGCAGCUUCUAUUGCUGUGCUGUUCUGUGUUUGGCUGCGGGGCAGCGUUCUGUGUCCAGUUUGUAGUAGCUUGGGUUCUUUCAUUUGUAGCUGUGCCAGAUUCUGAUUCUGGAUACAGUUAUCCUACAUGGUAUAUCUGCAAACCAGUUAAUUUAAACUUUGUUUAGUAAAAAUCUAUUUUUAUAAGUUGUGGAAAUGAUUAUUUAAUUGUGGACAACUUCACUUUCUAGAUUAUUUUCCAGGUAGUCCCAGCACUCAGAAAAUUGACCAGAAUUAGCCAUUACUUCAAAAUGCUAUAUCAAUAUAUGUGUGUAUAUACAUACACAUGUGUAUAAAUAUAUAUAUUGUAUAUUAUGUACUUUUAUUUUAAGCGACAAUGCAUUUCUUAUUUUUCCAAGUUCAGCUAAAAAAGUCUCUGAAACAUUACUGAGUUGACUAGUCACUAGGUGUAGCUAGAAUGAAAGGCAUUGUAUCAAUUAAUUUUAUUUUAGACAUUUGUACCAAUUUGUUAUAUGUGCAGAUGCGGUAAGAGAAGACUUAGAAGUGAUUUUAUUCAACGACAGACUUGAAAAAUCAGUUUGUGGUUAAUUAGUGGUGGCAGUAAAGGAUAAGAUUAAACCUAGUAGCCACACAUUUUCUGUGCCACCACAAGGUUGUUCUCACUGUUUAUUAUAGGAGAUUUUUUAAAAAGAAAAAAAAAUGUCCUCAGACAAAUGAACUUUGUGCAGUAUGGAGACUGUACACAUAUGCAUUCAUGAAUACUCUCAAACAUUCAUGUGUAUGUAACAUGUAUAUAGACUGUUACGGAUCGCAGCGGCCAGUUAAAGACUUCUCUGUUCCUGUUGUUUUGAUUCCUCCUGUGCAUUUGUAUCCAAAUCCACAACACGCAGUUUUUCAGGAACUGUGGGGAUAAAACACUAAAUUAUUUGUGUGUAGUAUUUCUUUUGAUACUUGAAUGAAAUUCAAAUAGCAGUAUUUUUGAGGAAUUUUGAGCAUGACAGAUGUAAUCACUGCACCAAAAAGUAGGAAUUUGAAAACAAAUUAGUUGAAGCACUGAGUCUUUUGUUUUAGAUAGAAAACUGAACAAUCAUCAAGAGUAAAUUAUUGGUCAUAUAGAGUGAAACUAAUGGUAUUGUAAAAGUUAAAAUUUCAGUUCUGUGGGUAGUUAUAUUCCUUUAUUUCAAAAAAAAAAAAAAAGAAUGAGCACAGGAAUGGUUGGAUUCAGGCAAGUAUUCACAAAGUUUUGUAAGGACACAUGCAUAACACUGAUUCCCGUUUCCUGUGCAUUAUGUAUCUUUUACAUUGCUGGGUUAACCAAAUCUGCUGAUAUCUGCAAUACGUAACUCCAUAUGGGAGCUUGGUGUCCCAGCAGAUGCUCUCUCACAUUAGCAUGCUCAACCUGAUGGCAGGUCCACAAGGAGCUCCAUGUGCCACAGCAGUGCCCAGAACUCCAUCUGGUGACAUCUUCAAGGGCUUCAGUGACAAUCUGAGCCCCAUUUGAUGGUGCGUCCAACUGGACUGCCUUUGGACCAAGGGCGUGUGCCGCCACAUCCAGCUCGACCAAAUCCCUCUGAAUGGGUGCAAUCAAUACCCACCCAAGUGUCUCUGCUGAGCAGGCCCUUGUGAACAUGUUGACUUCUUCCCGCACAAAGGGACUCUUGAAUUUUGAUGAAAUGCUGUCUCAUUUGUGAUGUUGCUCAUGACAUCUCUAUCUGUGUGAUACAUUUUGAAGUAAUAGAAAUCUGUUAGUUGUCUGUUUUGAGAGGGAGAGACAGAGUACCAUCAUCUCACUGAGGUCAUGGAAGUUUCAGCCUUUCGACACUUUCUUGAGAAUAACUGAAUGAUAUCAAUGAAGUUACAAUAAAAAGAGGAAAAAAGUUGAUCUGCCUCCUAUAUCUUAUAUUUUAGACCAUGAAGGAACAUACCACACAGCAGGAAGUAGAAGGGACACUGGUAGAUUGUGGAUUAAUGUUUCUAGGCUUUUAAUAUGUACCUAAGGUUGUGUUAAUUGUCUGAGCUUUCCUUUCACAGACCCAAUAGGAUUUGGAAAACGCCUGUUUUUUAUCUCCCCCACAUGCUUACCAGGUCAUGGCCCUGGUGAGGCAGGCUCUGCGUGUCCCAUCCCUCUUACACAGCCACGCGGUCGAGAGUGAGAGCUGUGCUGGGCAAGAGGAUGGGUGAGUAACAGAGAAGUCUUUUGUUUCCUAUUCAUUUUGCUGCUAAAUAUUUCCUUUGAAUGGGAGAGAUUUAUAUCUGGCUCUUGGUUGGGUUGUGCUGAAAUGCUGCAGACAGAUAGACAGUGGCUGGAGAUGGAGGGCGAGCUGCUGAAUGCAGUGUAUUCAGGACAGGCCACAGCGCACAGACGAGCCUUUUGAGGGAGAGAGUUCUUUUUUUGUGGGCUGGCGCCUCGUGCUUAAAGGGAAGGGUGAAAGGAGCCUUGGGGUGCUCAGAGAGGCCACGAGGUGUAGGCAGUGCAGGAUGGUGUGGGAGCAGGAAGGCAGCAGCCCACCUUGGCCUCUCACUGAGGUGUGGGCAUGGUGUGAUCAGUGGGACAGUGUGACUGGGGAUACCUGAGUGUUGGUCCUGUAGCCAUUGGUGUAUCUGAAAGCCAUGCAUAAAUAGAUGAAUAUAUAUAUGUAAGGGUUUGUAUAUAUGAGUGUGUAUGUAAGAGUUUUAUGCACACAUUUUUUACUACUGGCUGUAUGUAGUUUGCUGGAACAAAGUAUAAAUAAGAUCUUAAAGAGGGAAUAGAUUGUGUGAAGAAUUGCAGUUUAAAGCUACAUAAACAAAUAACUAAAACGACCUUUCGUCAGAUAUGAUACCGGUGAGAAAAAGUGGGAUUUAGAUCAGUAAGCUGGGAGAGAAGUGGGGAACGUGGAAAAGGUUAUGGAUGUGGCAUAGCCAGCCUAAAGACAGCAUCAUGGGGUGGAGGUCAAUUAAUAGAGAGCAGAAAUGGCUCCGCCAUUCUCCUGUUAACUGCACUGGAGUGGAACUGAAGGGUGAGAAGUGAUGUGUAAAUGAGACACAGCUUUGAGCAUUUGGGUUUCUGAGAGUGGAGGAGUCAUCAGAGAGACGAGCAUGAAAACAUCUCAGAAAAGCAUUCAAGCAGAAAUGAACCAGUAUGUGGGCUUUGUGGCAUGCAAAGAGGAGACUUUACAUCACCUGCUGAUUCUAACUGGCAGUAACUGGGCAAAUGUCACGAGCUUUAGUUAAACAAAGUUAAACAGAGUAACAAAGAGUGAAAUACGCAGCUUUGAUAUCAAACUGGCAUUUCCCAAGUACCAUGUUAGCCAUGUGCAUGUGCAGACCGCCAUGUUUGCAGGCCGCGGCGAGGGCCCACUGAAGGGCUGCAUGUCCCCCAGGCAGUGCCAGCACCAUGGGCACUUCUUGGCUUCUCAGCAGCGUGCAGCAGGCCUUGUUGUAUUGAGUGCUGAUGCACAGCAUGAAGUGAGGCACCUACAUUAGGUCAGCCAUUAACUCAGGUGCAUUGAGGGCCGCACAUGCAACAGAGCAGCAGAGCAGGGGGAUGAAGCGGAGUGCUUAGGGAGCCGUGGCUUACGAGUGAUUUUGGAGCAGCUUGUGUGGAUUUGCUUUGGAAAACAGUGCACAGUCAAAAAAGUCAUUGCCAGACUUCUCCUUGGCAUUGUGUGAUUACUAGACAUUGUCACUCCUCACAUCAACUUGAGUUUCACCUCGUUUUUUUCUCUCAUUUCCAGUUCUGCAUCAUCAGACAUUUCUUUAUUUUCUUCUGAAGGCUUCUGCUAGGUUUAUUUUGUCUGCUGGCAUUUUGAGAAAGAAAAUGUAGUCUUCAUGCUGAAUGUCAAGCAAUGUAGUCUCUAAAAAGUAGCUUAAAACAAAACUGUUUUUUUGAUGAACUGCUUCUUGCUUUUCAUUUGCUAAGCUGAAAAGGAGUCAAGAAAUAGAAGGAACUGGGGGCUAUUCUUUAUUUAAAAUCAAGAAUUCAAAGAAUUAAUUCAAAUUCACUACUUAACUCGAGCCAUUUUUUUUAACCUUCUGGUGAUUUCUGAGCACCAGGCCCCAACUCUCCCAGGGCACUGCAGCCCUGCAGCAGUGCACUGUUUGAAGCACUGGGAAGCACAGGACUUCGUGUAGAUGAAAACUAAAAUACAGCCUGAAGAGUUGGAGAGGCUGAUUGAUAGGAAGAAUCUGUUAAGUUUAAAAUUCAGCUGGACUUGUGCAACCUGAUUGAUUUCUACAGUGGCCCUGCUUUGGGGUUACAUAGAUAAAUACCUGCCAUCUCCAUCUGACCUAAAUUGUUCUCUGCUUCACUUAGAUCCUAGGGUAGUCCUGUCAUCUUAAGACUGUUUGGGUUUUCUUUACGAUUUCAGGGCUGAGAGAUGGUGCCCACUAGGGCUCAAGAAUGCAGAUAUCUAAGCCAAAAUCUGAGCUUCACAGAUUCUUUCGCAGAUGACAAAACUCAUAUUUCAGGGCCAGCUGUAAGCACCCUCCCACUCUGUGGGAGCCCCACAAUGAGGGCAAAGCAAAAAUCAGCUAUUGUAUAUGCAGACAAAAUAUGUGAGAACUGCACUGCACUUUUACAGUUAACUCUCUAAGUACAAAAGCCUGCAACCAGCAAGAAACGGCAUGCAUCACCCUCUUUUCAUGUGCAUCGUUCAUCACUAUAAAAAAAGCUAUGCUUUCUGAUAACUGUAAUCAACGUAAUGCAAAGUAAUACUUAAUUUAUGUAAUAAAACAGCUUGGCCUGUCUACAAAUGAGAGCAUAUAAGUACACUCUUGGGAAAGGAUGGAUUUUAAAAUUGAAGUGACAGCUAUAUCCAUAAUUCCACCAAAACACAAACAAAAAAAUUGGAAAAAAAAGCAUCAGCUUUGAAUGAGUAUCCUGCCUAGGUGGAAAGAAGAGUGUGAGUACAUAUGCAGAAAGCAGCAGAGUCUGAACUAGCAUGCUCAGCUUUGUAGUUUGUUCAGCACUAAUGCAACUCUGGUUUUGUGUCCUAUUACAGUAAAUGCAAUGUCCUUCCUAAGCUGUAAUGAAACAAUUAGGAGACUACAGGCCAUAGGGUUACUUACAUCAACUGAUUUUAUCUACAAACCUUGCGAAUACUACAACAUUGCAAAAGCAAAACCUGCAAAAAAAAGAAGGUUCUUAUGCAUUUUUAUAGAGGAUGUCAACAAGCUUUUUAAAAUUAAUCACUCUUUCAAUAAUGCAGUUCAAAGUGCACUUCACUGACCUUAUUUUUAAUAAAAAUCUACCCAUAAAACACCAUACAUUAUUACAAAGCAAAUGCACAAGAUGCAGAAUUCAACCUGUGUUUUUGUCAAUGGGACAGAAGCUCCCACCACCACCAUAAAUGCAAUUGAGCUCAGGUGGUGUAACUCAUUCAGAACACUGGCCCCACUACUACUGCAACUUCAGAUCUGUCUGCUUUUGUUGCUGCUGCCUCCAUUUUCUUGAAGCCAAGCACCCAGGGCACUGUCUGGUUCGGUACACGAGCAUGGCCAUGGGUCCCCAGGGCUUGCCUGCCAAGUGGGAGGUGACUCGAGACACAGAGCCUCUUUAGGACAAAACCCAAUGGUUUGUCAUUCCACAAUAUGAGCAAGCUGGGGGCAGCAAUCUUCCCUAGAGCUGGCUCUUCUGAAAGAGGGAAAAUAGACUUUGCCUUUUAUUGACGGACUUGUGGCUGGGAUUGCGGCCGCUGUUCGGUCCUCCAAUGCUGCUUUUGAUGUUUUUUUAUGCUGUGACAUUGGCAGAGCAUCUUAAUACCACAGGCUGCAGAAAUCCCAACUGGAGACCAAGGAGUCUGUUCUGCUUGGUGGCAUAGAUGAAAUGUGUUUAAUGAUGCAACUCCCCAUUUAUCAUCUUUAAUGAGAGAUUCGCUCACCUAUGAAGGUUACCAGGCAGCACUGCUGACAUCAGAUAAACCUGAACAUUGCGGUGCUAGGAAUACAAAAGGCACCAAACUUUGUCACACUUUUUGCAGUGGAGAAAGAAGGAAGCUUCACGCGUCCCACUCUCUCCAUCUUCACAUAGUUGAGCAAAUGCCAGUCACAAGGUUGCUCUAGAAGGAACUCUAAGGCUGAGCAAAACCCAAAGGGAAAAGCAGCAGAUGAGAACUGUUUUGUCUCCAUAGCAGGGAUCAUCAUGGAGGAGGGCUAAAUUGCAUAGAAAUGCCCUCCAGAAAGUAUUGAUUUUAGAGCAGAGGUUCAGGAUGGCUUUGACCACAUUGUACAUCAUCUGUAAAGUAGUAACAACAAGGAUAGCAGGUUCUCCAAUCUCCAAAAGGUGUUCUAAGGGUAGAAUUCACUGAUGCUGGUGAAAAAUGCUUGGAUACUGCAGGGAACAGCACCACAGAAAUGCCUAUAAAUACUGUACUCAUAUUCGCAUGUUCUAAUUGUGCCUUUGGGUUCUCUAAAAUUGACUUGUUUUUAGUUUAAUGGAAAUACUUAAAAAAAAUGAGAGUGAGGAAUAGUGUCUUGAAGCAGCAUCCUAAGAAAGGGCAGCACAGUGUCUGAAGGCUUUCUUGGGAAGGAGCAGGAGGAUGUUAUAGGGCUCUGUCCAAAGAGCAUUCUGCAGGAAAAGGACUUGUUCUGUUCUCAGUAGGCUUGUAAGUAGUAGCUGGGCACCCUUUAGGGAAUGCUGUGUUUGCACUGGUGUUAAGGUCACCUUUCCAUAAGGAAAAAGCUGAUUUUUUGUUCAUUUCUGUUAUUUUAAGGUAAAUCUGAGAACUAGGCAAAUUAUUACUUAUUUCACCUCAGAGGUAUCACUUGCUUUUCCUUUCUUUCAGAGUAUCUUUCACUAUCAGAUUCAGAUUCUUUCAGUGUCUUUCAGGAUAAAGCUAUCUUUAUGCAAAGCAGUAUGCCUAAUAGCAAUCCUUGACUAUUUAAACAAGUCAAUUUUCAAAGGACUGUAGGUGUCAAGUCAGAGCCCUAUUUGGAACUACAGUACAGGGAUCCUAGAUUUUAAAAGAAAUGUUACCUCAUGCAUCAUUUUCUGCCAUACUUUUGUAGAAUUCCAAUUGAUUUCUCUCAAAAGAAGUGUUGUUUUCUUGAAGUUGUACACCUAAAGCUACCCGUUUGUUUUUUAAUGAAUGUUUUGCUUUGCUUUGAACAUGUGGGUUUUCUGUAACCUCUAAAGAAACCAAUGAAGGUAAAACUUUGUACAUUUUUUCAAUGACUGCUGAGGUCGAAAGUAUAAAAGUACGUGUUGCAUUAAAAAUUGAGUGUUGUUUAUGUAUUUAA